AUGGAUUUUAAUUUCACAAAUAAUAAUAGUAGUAAAUCAUAUCAAUAUGAUUACAUACCAAUAGAAUAUAUUGAGAUGAGAAACAAGUUUAAGGAACGAUUCCAAGAAAUACCAACAAGUUCAAAUAAUAUUCAUGGUUCCACCAUAGAACUUCAAAAUGCAACCGUUAUC